AAUGCAAAGGAGCUGGCUAGAGAUCCGGGCUCUUCCCCCGCCCCGCCGGGCAGAGGGACUUUCCCUGGAGCCCUGAGCCCUAAAAACAAGCCGGCUACUUCGGGUUUAAUCCCCCGCCCGUGGGCCCCCGCAAUGCUGGAGUGCGGCGACCCAGGCGCUAAGGGAACCAGCCUGCACCCCUGGAGCUGCAACCCACGGCGUGGCUAGAACCGGGGGCCCCGGGGCUCCGCCACGCCCCCUGGCUGGAAGUGCUUCCAGGGGGCACAGUGCGCUCCGUGGCUCCCCUGAAGGGAACGCAGCCGCUCCCCAGCCAUGCUGGGCUGCCUUGGGCCAGGGGGAGACGUCCCUGGUAGUUGGAUUUAGAGACCCGGACUGCGCGCGGCGUGAGAGAGGUGGGGGGUCCAGUCCAGCCCUGCUUCCCUGCCCCCUUCGCAGCCCACUCAGGAUGCUGGCCGGCUGGAGAGAGCUCUCUGCAGGGACUGGUGCCACGCUUUGCUGCCUGCUCUUCUUCUGGCUCUUGUACUCUCACCCGCCUAAGGAAGGGAAGGAGCUGGAGGUGGGGAUGUGCGAGAUCACAGCACUAAACCGAGACCUCAGCCAUCCCAGGAGGAUGAUCGCCCGGCAGACAGCACGUUGUGCCUGCAGGAGAGGCCAAGUCGCCGGCACAACGAGGGCAAAACCUGCCUGUGUAGAUGCUCAGCUCAUUGCCAGUAAGCAGUGGUGUGGGAUGGAGCCCUGUGACGAAGAGGAGCAGUGCACUGUGUUAAUAAAUCGGUCAGGCUGGAGCUGCACGAGGCGACUGGGCCGCAUAAAAACCGUCACAGUCUCCUGACAGCAGCAGCUGAUGGCCUGAGCCUGGCAUCUCCACUCCUGGCUGAUGCAGCAGUACAACGACCGUCUCCCUGGGGCGGGGGCUGGCCCCUCUGGCUGCAUCCCCAUGGGUUGGUCUCCUUGCAGCAGGGCCUGUCGGCCUCUGCUUUGCUGCUGCACACUGGACAGAGCUGCCUGGGCUGGGGGCUGCUCUGUCGCCUGCUGGGAUGAUGCCUCCAGCUGGAGAGAUGGGACGGGAUUAUCAUCUGGAGGGAUUUUCACUGAAAUGCACCUUUCUGCAAACCUUUUGUGGACAGAGGUAAUGGCCCUGGGGCACCCAGAGGGUUCAAAAGCAGCAUCUUUGCUGUGGCUGGCUCUAGGUCACUGGGGAGCGGCCCAGAUCAGAGACCCAAGGAGGAAACAGACUCAGAUGGAUGUUUAACCAGAGCCGAGUGGAGCGUGGGGGGGUCAGUCCAUCACCAUGAUGCAAACGCUCUUGUAUUUCUCUCCCUCACCCCAAUCUCCAGAGUGAAAGGGUGCAGAGGGGACAGCUCUCAGCUACGGUCCUUUCAGCUCUACCCCACCAGCUCAUCUGCAGUCCUUUGGAGAGUUCCCUGACACUGGGAGGGGCAGAGAGAGGCAGCCCCCACCCUGCCGCGCAGGCUGUUGUGGGUUGUUCCAUAGGCCCGACGUGGAUUGAAGGAUUUCCAUUUGCAGCUUGCCCAUCGGCAGCUCACAAUCUCCCCAGGUGUAGUCGGCAGCCAAAUUAUUCCUAGGAAUAAAAUCUGAGCCUCUCACCUACUUGCAGUUAAUUCAUCGUGGGGUGCAUGUGGGGAAACCUUCAAACUGAGUCAGGUUAAUUGGUUGUGAUCGGUCCCAGUGUGGUGGGUUUGGGCCUUGAUUGGCCAAGUAUCACUUUUGGGAUGGGGACACUUGCUCCCACGAGAGUUCUCCAACCUCGUGGACGCGGGUCCGGUUCUUAUAGGUGGAGAACGUUCGCCCUGUGCACGGGCGGCGGGGGAGGGAAGACAGAGGAUGGAGUGAGGCUGUUGUGUGACUGAGCUAUAGAGUUGGAAGGGCUUGUUUGCCUCACAUUGGUCUGAUCCCUGGGUGGGAAUAGAAGGAAGGUCUGCGGAGCCGGUCAGGGUGCUGGGGAAACACUCAGCUGUGUCUAUACCAAGAUUUGGAAGGCGUUUGUGGCCUGGUGCAGAUGGGCAGUGUCCAGGUAACAUGCUUUGCAGGGCUCAUGUCAAAGCCUGGAUAACUCCAGUAACACGUACUCAAAGCACACUGCGUAGCCCCUGCAAGGCUGUUAACACCUUCCACAUCCUUGUCUUGGCAAGGCCCAAGAGGUGCUGAGCGCUUACAACCCACUCAGAAGCCAAGAGCUGCUGAAAUUGCUUGGCACCUCUCACGACCAGGCCUUUUAUGUCUGCUCUGGUUGCUCUAUAGACUAUAGAAAGGUUUAUGGAGGUCAGAACUACACAGCUGUGAAAGAGAAGGCCCCUGUCCCCAAGAGUUUAUCCUCUGAGAAGGGCCUGAAUCAAAGCUGUGGGUGGAGACUUCCCUGAGCAGCAGAUGGGUUUGGAUCUUGGAGCUUGCAUGUUCUCCAAGGUACCAACAGGCACAGGGCCAGGAGAGCACAUGGAGAGCAGUGGGCUUGUGUCUGGACACUGGUGCAGACAGGCCCCGCAGAACGACGGGUUCUGCAUGGGGGGAAGGACACGUGCAGGAAAUGUCACCUGUAAUUCAAGGGGCAGCGUGGGAGAAGGCAGGCUGAGGAGAGACCGCACAAGAGCAGCGUGGCUCGAAGUCGGCAGAAGUCCCUGAGACACUGGCGUAAAAGAGGAGCGGCUCAGGGACAACAUUCAGUUCAGCUGCCCUGAAUGCUAGACAACGGGGCAGCAUUGUCCAAGAGGGCUCUUGCUGUCAGGCCACAGGCAUUUCCUGCCCCGGCUGCCCGAGUGGCUUUGUAGUUGGGGAUUGCAGGGUGGGUCUGAGCCUGGGUUCCACUUUUCAUUCUCUGCAACCAAGCAAUAUUCGGGGGUGUCCUGGUCCUGGCCUCUUCCAUGCUGUCUACAGAGCUGCUGCUAGGGCAAGAUCCCCUGUCCUGGCCAGCCCGACCCCAUCACCUUGUAAAUAUGAACAGGGGUCCCCCCCACCCCAUCUUGGGAGCGGGACUCAGCCGAGGGACCAUUCCCCCUAGAACACGUUUCCUGCACACUUGUGAUGUUGACAAUGUACGGAAAUAAAAUUCUAACUUUAUUAGUCAAAGAGACCC